UUUAGAAUAAAUAAAUUAAACAAAUAACAAUCACUGUUUAAAACAGAUGCUUGGUAUGUUCAUACUGUUUUUCGAUGUGUUUUGAUCAAUAAAAUAAAUUCAAAAUUAUUUAAAAAAAAUAAAAAUAUGCCACCAAAAAGAGCAACGUCUGUAAAUUUACCAAAAAAAGUUGUGAAUAAUUCAAAAGUUCAAAAAAAUUCAGCAAAAAAAGGACAUACCAAGGAAAGUAAAAAGAAAAAUAUAAAAAAAAAAUUAAAUGGAUGGUUGAAAACUCCAGCUGAUUGGGAAAGAUUUAAUAAAUGGGUUAAAAUAAAUGCUCAACCACGUAAAAUUCCAGAACCUCCACCAGUGAUAAGACCAUCAAAGCCACUUUGGAAAAUGAAAAAAAGAAUUGAUAUUUUAUCAAAACCAAUACCAAAGCCAGAACCUUAUGUUUAUGAUUUGAGUGUUUCGAAAAAAGCCUUGAAAGCUAAACCAUCAAAACGAAUUAAAAUAUUAGCUAAAUUUGUUAAAAAACAUUUUGAACCUGUACGUAUUUAUGAAGUGUCACGUGCUGCUCUUAAUUAUAAACCAACUUCAAGAAUUAAUAUAAUAUCUAAACCUAAAGAUUUUCGUUCUGAGGAGUGUAAAAAUUUACAAGAAAAAUGGGAAAGUAUUAACAGACAAAAUGUUGAUGAAAAAGUGUUAUUUAAACUUGCAAAACGUGCACUUAAAUGUCCAGGACUUUUGACGCAUGAUGAUAUGUUAUUAUUUAUGACAGACACUGGUGUUUAUCGGAGUGCGUUAAAUUAUAAGCCAACAUCGUGGAUGAAUUUUUUAUCUCUGCCAUCAUUUAAAUUUUUAAAAGACAGACAUGAUGAAAAAUCAAAAAAAAUAAAAGAUGAAUAUUUAGAAGAUUUGAGAAAACGAGGUAAAAUAGCACUUGCUGAAAAAAUGAAAAGAAUUCAUGCUCAAAAUUUAGAAAAUGCUGAUAAAGAAAAUAAAAAAUUAGAAGAUACUGAAAAAGAUAAAGAAAAUGAAAAUCAAUUGGCUGAAGAAAAUGCUGAAAAAGUUGAUGAAAAAAAUAAAUCAACAAUGAAAGUUGAACAAACCCAAAACAAUGAAGAUGAUGAUAAAAAUAAAGCAAAAUGGAUGGAACGAAAUGCUUGGAGAUUUGCACCACCCCCUUGGAGGAACGAUGAUCCUUUUGCAAUUAAAAGAUCAGCUCUCAAAGGUCCAGUUUCACCAAGAAUGGCAGAGCUUGCAAAACCAACUCGAAAACCUGACAAAAGACGUCAAAAAAAUCCUUUCAAAGUUAAAAAAUCAGCUUUAACAGGGCCAAUUCCACCGCGUGUUGAUAAACUUGCUUUACCAAGUCGUCCUCGUGAUCCAAUUGAAAAACCUCCACCAAGAAAAAAAGAUACUUUUGGUCGUCCAAUAUAUCCAAAACCAAAAUAUGGUAGAAAAAUGCCUCGUGUUGAGCCAUAUAAAGAAAGAGAGUGUGACGAAAACAAAGAUGAGACAAAUGAUGAACCAACUGUGGUUGAAUCAAUUCUUUCAAUAGCAUUUGAGCCAAGUAUUGAUCCUUACUUUGAUCCUCGUGGAGCUCAACGUCAAUUAGAAGCUAGAAAAAAAGCUAAAGAAAUUUUAGAAAAAGAAAAAACAUUAGAGGAUACAAAUAAAAAAAAUCUCGAGACAGAUAAUAAAAUUAAAGAUUAAAAAAUAAUUAAAUACUUAUGUUUGAUGAAUAUUUUUUGUUGUUAAAAUAUAUAGACAUUGAAGGAUUAA